GAGGCCGGGCUGGGCUGCAGCCCCAUUGAGCAGAGUUUAGUCCAGGCACAGGUUGCCCGCGUCUCAUUCAUAAACACACAGCGGGGCAAGUGCGGAAGCCGGGGCUGGGACCGGGACGAGGACACCGAGGGUCCCGGGGAAGAUGCAACGCCCGGGUGCGGCGGCGCUGAGCUGCUGCCUGGUGCUAGUCCUCAUCCCCCGGCCACUCAUCAUCAGCGGCGCCGCGGGAACAGCGGCCGCUCGGCCCGAGAGGGUGAGUGUGUGUGGAGGCUGCUGCAGAACUCGGCUGUCAGGAUCGCCAGUGGGACAGUGCCCCAAACCACCCUGCCCCCAGCGUUGUGCCGGUGCUGGGUCUUGCCGGCCGCCGCUGAGUUGCCGGUGUAAGGCGGGUGUGGAGGGGAGUCGGUGCGGGACCGUCCCCGCCUCACGGCCCGUGUCCCGGGGGUCGCCGCCCGCGGCGAGAGGGGACAGGAGAGCGGGCGGCACCCGCUACACCAACACCGCCCGCCGGCUGCCUCUGCCGGUGAAGCAGACCAGGAGGGUGUUACUACAGAGGGUCUGGGUCUCUGGCACUCGGCCAGCCAGUGCCCACAGUCGCUCGGUAGCGCCCCGCGCUCGCAUACAGAGCGCCAGGAGCAGCAGGAAGAUACUCCGGCCAGUUCUCUGCUCAGUGAGAUGCCAGAAUGGAGGGGUGUGCGUGCGUCGAGACCGCUGUCGUUGCCCGCCCGGCUUCACGGGGCGACUGUGCCACAUCGCCACCGAGUCGACCAACAACCAAGUCCUCAGCAGCCUCCCAACCAAGAGGCCAGGCUCAGCGCCCAACGGCAAGAUACAAAGCAUCUACACUCUGCCUCUGUCCAACCAGCGACACCAAGCACAGAGUCAACAGGUACCAUCGAUUGUUGAUCUACGGGUCAACCACCCACCUGAGGUGCAGGUGAAGGUGCAUCAGGUCGCGCAGGUGGAUGGAGGAAGGAACAGCUUCUCAGCUCAGCAAGACACUGCACGAGGGGGGACCUUCCAGAGGGAUCCUCAAGAUGAGGCAACGCAAGAACAACUGAGACCACUCGCCUCCACUCCCCCAUCGGGCGGUGACUAUCCCUUUGGUUAUUGCUUCACUGAGAUCACAAACGGACAGUGUGCCACACCGCUGACCGGCCUCCGCACCAGGGACCACUGCUGUCGAGGAGGGGGCGCGGGCUGGGGAGUGUCAGAGUGCACCGUGUGCCCACGUUCUCCAGAAAAUGACUGUCCGCGAGGAUUCCAGAAAAUGGCAGAUGGCGAAUGUCAAGACAUCAACGAGUGUGGCCUGCCAAGGAUCUGUCAGGACGGCAAGUGUGUGAAUAUGAAGGGCAGUUACAGAUGUACCUGUAACCCUGGCUUCGUGCAGGACACCUCCAAGAGUCGCUGCAUCUCGCACCAGGUGAUAUCGUUGACCAGAGGACUGUGUUACCGCAUCCACAGGGGCGGUUCCUGCUCUCUGCCUGUGGUCCAGAACAUCACCAAGCAGAUCUGCUGCUGUAGUCGUGUGGGCAAAGCCUGGGGUCCGAGCUGCCAAAGAUGCCCGGCGGCUGGCACAGGUGCAUUCAGGGAAGUGUGCCCGGCUGUCCCCGUGCUACCCACUACAACCAGGUAUGAUCUCCGACUCCCAACCGGGGCAAACCGGAGCUUUGGCCAACACCGGCCGCGGGCUGGAGAGACCUGCGCCCCAGCACCACGUCUGGCACCGAUCGUUCAACACAACACAUCGGCUCCCAGGUUGCGGGAGAUGGCGACUGUGGCCAGGACUCGAGCCACCACCACUGCCCCGCCUCACACCACACGUCCAGCUCCUGAGCUACACAUCUGCCUGCGCGUGCCACACGUGUGUGGGCCGGGACACUGCGUGGCGCGGCAGCGGGGCCACACGUGUGUGUGCAACAUUGGGUUCCAGCUCAAUACAGAGCGGUCACGGUGUGUGGAUGCGGAUGAAUGUGGACAACGGCCUUCGCUCUGCCCCAACGCGCGGUGUGAGAACAGCGUUGGAAGUUACCGCUGCGUGUGUUCCCGAGGGUUCGCCGCCAAUUCCCACGGCACAGAUUGUACCGACACGGACGAGUGUUCGGAUGAAUCCACCUGCCCCAACUCGGAGUGUGUGAACACCAUCGGCUCCUUCCACUGCCUUCCCUGCCCAGCUGGCUAUCAGGUUCAUCACCGCAAGUGUGCAGACGUGGACGAGUGUGCGGGAGGUGCGGCCUGUGGAGCUGCGGGGGUGUGCGUCAACACCGAGGGAUCGUACCAGUGCAGCUGUCACCACGGAUACCGGCUCAGCGUCGACGGCAAACAGUGUGCAGAUAUCAACGAGUGUUUUGAGGGUGAUUUCUGUGCCCCGUAUGGAGAGUGUUUGAACAGCCCAGGUUCCUACACCUGCCUGUGUGCUGAAGGAUUCAUCACCUCUACCGAUCUCUCCACUUGCUUGGAUGUUAAUGAGUGUACCACGGCGAACCUCUGCAUCAAGGGCCGCUGCACAAACACCGUUGGCUCCUUCGAAUGCUCCUGUGAGCCUGGAUUCGCAGUAGAUGCCGAUCAGUCGCGGUGUGUGGAUCGUGACGAGUGUGCGGAAUAUCCGAGUAUCUGUGGUUCUAAACGGUGUGAGAACAGCCCUGGAUCCUUCCAGUGCAUCACAGAGUGUGGUGUGGGAUUCCAGCUCAGCCCGGACCAGGAAUGUAGCGAUAUAGAUGAAUGCACCAACGCCACCAUCUGUGGAACGAACGCCUACUGCCAGAACGUGGCGGGAUCGUUCCGGUGUCACUGCGACCGACAUUACCGCAUCGCUCCGGACGGCUCCGGGUGUGUGGAUCGUGACGAGUGUGCGGAAUAUCCGAGUAUCUGCGGCUCCAAACGGUGUGAGAACAGCCCUGGAUCCUUCCAGUGCAUCACAGAGUGUGGUGUGGGAUUCCAGCUCAGCCCGGCCCAGGAAUGUAGCGAUAUAGAUGAAUGCACCAACACCACCAUCUGUGGAACGAACGCCUACUGCCAGAACGUGGCGGGAUCGUUCCGAUGUCACUGCGACCGACAUUACCGCAUCGCUCCGGACGGCUCCGCGUGUGUGGAUCGUGACGAGUGUGCGGAAUAUCCGAGUAUCUGCGGCUCAAAACGCUGUGAGAACAGCCCUGGAUCCUUCCAGUGCAUCACAGAGUGUGGUGUGGGAUUCCAGCUCAGCCCGGACCAGGAAUGUAGCGAUAUAGAUGAAUGCACCAACUCCACCAUCUGUGGAGCCAACACCUACUGCCAGAAUGUGGCGGGAUCGUUCCGAUGUGUCUGUGACCAGGGUUACGGGACAGUACCAGACGGCCCGGGCUGUGUGGAUAUAGAUGAAUGCACCAACUCCACCAUCUGUGGAGCCAACACCUACUGCCAGAACGUGGCGGGAUCGUUCCGAUGUGUCUGUGACCAGGGUUACGGGACAGUACCAGACGGCCCGGGCUGUGUGGAUGUGAAUGAGUGUGAGCUGAUGCAGGCGGUGUGUGGCUCAGCGGCGUGUGAGAACGUGCCUGGUUCAUUCUUCUGUAUCUGCCCGGGCGACAAGG